AUGCUCUGCACCGCAGUGGUGAUGGUGGGAGCCUGGCGCUGACGACGGCCUGGGAGCCUGGCGCUGACGACGGCCGUGGUGGCUCACGCCUAUUACCUGAAGCACCAGUUCUACCCCACGGUGGUUUACCUCACCAAAUCCAGCCCCAGCAUGGCCGUUCUCUACAUCCAGGCCUUUGUGUUGGUUUUCCUCCUGGGGAAGUUCAUGGGCAAAGUGUUCUUUGGGCAGCUGCGGGCAGCGGAGAUGGAGCACCUCCUGGAGCGCUCGUGGUACGCGGUGACCGAGACCUGCUUGGCCUUCACUGUCUUCAGGGAUGACUUCAGCCCUCGCUUCGUCGCCCUCUUCACCCUCCUCCUCUUCCUCAAGUGCUUCCAUUGGUUGGCUGAAGACCGAGUGGACUUUAUGGAAAGGAGCCCAAACAUCUCCUGGCUCUUCCACUUCCGCAUUGUCUCCUUGAUGUUCCUGCUGGGAAUCCUGGACUUCCUCUUUGUCAGCCACGCCUACCACAGCAUCCUCACACGAGGAGCUUCGGUCCAGCUCGUCUUUGGCUUCGAGUACGCCAUCCUCAUGACCAUGGUGCUCACCAUCUUCAUCAAGUACGUGCUGCACUCCAUCGACCUGCAGAACGAGAACCCCUGGGACAGCAAAGCCGUCUACAUGCUCUACACGGAGCUCUUCACCGGCUUCAUCAAAGUCCUGCUCUACAUGGCCUUCAUGACCAUCAUGAUCAAAGUCCACACGUUCCCACUCUUCGCUAUCCGCCCCAUGUACCUGGCCAUGAGGCAGUUCAAGAAGGCGGUGACGGACGCCAUCAUGUCCCGCCGGGCCAUCCGCAACAUGAACACGCUGUAUCCCGAUGCCACCCCGGAGGAGCUGCAGGCCAUGGACAACGUCUGCAUCAUCUGCCGCGAGGAGAUGGUGACGGGCGCCAAGCGCCUGCCCUGCAACCACAUCUUCCACACCAGCUGCCUGCGGUCGUGGUUCCAGCGCCAGCAGACGUGUCCAACGUGCCGCAUGGAUGUGCUCCGCGCAUCCCUCCCGGCACAGCCGCCUCCGGAAGCACCGGAACAGCCCCCCCCACCCCCUCAGACCCCCCAGAUUCCUCAGCCCCCCAACUUUCCCCAAGGAAUCCUGCCCCCAUUCCCACCGGGAAUGUUUCCCUUCUGGCCCCCCGUUGCUCCCUUCCCACCAGUUCCUGGGGUUCAACCACCCAACGGUGCCGAAAACGCCGCAUCGGGCUCUGGUGCUGCCACGGCCGCCCGUCCCGCUGACACCGGCACUGCCACAUCAGAACCCACAGCACCGGGACCGGGUCUUCCCUUGCCACCACCAUGGAUGGGAAUGCCAUGGCCACCCCUCUUUGGAUUCUCCUCACCCCUUUCCCACCGCAGGCUUCCCACGAUGCCGGUGCCACCGCCUGGCUUUGCCGGCCUCACCGAGGAGGAGCUUCGGGCCAUGGAAGGCCACGACCGGCAGCACCUGGAGGCACGGCUGCAGUGCCUGCAGAACAUCCACACACUGCUGGAUGCGGCCAUGGUGCAGAUCAACCAAUACCUCACAGUCCUGGCCACCAUCGGGUCGCCCCGGCCUGCUCCUCAGCCCCUCCGGCGCUGGGGAGGCGCCCGCCCCGAUCCGUACGGAUACCGGCACCGAUCCCGGCGUGCCAGCAGGCGCCGAGGGCUUCACCGCGCCGGCGGAGGAGGAGGAGGACGAGGAGGAGGAGGAAGGUGAAGGCUCAUCCUCAAUGGAGGAACCGGACACGGCGGAGCUGCGCCGGCGCCGGCUACAGAAACUGGCGGCGCCCUCCCAUUGACACCGCCGGCAUUCCCGGCGUUCCCAGCUCCUCACGUGCUGGGAGAACCGCUCUGGUUUAGCCGCUUUCCAUCCCUUUUUCCACCCAAAUCCGUGUCCGGAAACAAAACCAAACCCUGGCUGCACCCAGAAACCAAACCUGGCUCCUUCCACCGUGGCAAAGAGCCGCUUUCCAGGCCCGUUUUUCCCUGGUUUUCCCUGGUUUUCCCCUGAUUUCUCUACCUCUCCAACACGGCGGAUCCGGUGCGUGCUGCAGCACCAGCAUUGCCUGUUCUGGUGGCACCGCUCCGCCUGGCACUAAGGCCAAGGGGAGGUUGAACCGCGGUGACUGUGGCCAAUGCCGCUCAAACAGGAUCCAAAUCCCCCAUUUUUACCUCACCCCCCCCCUUUUGGAGACUCAAUAAACCCCCCCCUCCCCCAGCGCUGGGCCACGGCCAAACUGGUUUAUACUGGUUCCUCUCUGCCCCCUGGCGCCAAGAAACGGGGGGGUUUGGGUGAUUUGGGGUCUCUUUUGGCACCUUCCACCUCAGUUGGUGGCCACCCCUUCACCCACCGUGACUUCAGUGCCUCUUGGAACCCAAAAGGGCUUGGGAGGAGCCCAAAUAUCUCAGGGAACAAUGGAAUUUCUCGGCAUCCAGAGCUUUUUGGGGUGGAAAGGGCCAGAUCCACACUGGAGCCAGCGCUGGCUGGGUUUGGCCUUGGAUUUGAGGUGGGAAUAGCUCUUUUUGGAUUUUCUUCUGCUUUUCCUUCACUUUUGGGCUCUCGUCGCCCCAGAUGGGAGCGCGUCCACGCGGAAUCCCAUGGGAACGCGGCGGUGCCGCUGCCAGAGCUUCCCUUUUCCUCCUUUUUCCUUCAUCUUUAUGCGUUUUGAGCCAAAAUCUUGAAGUUUUGUGGCCGGUUCUGGUUGAUGGGGAGUAGUUUUGAGUGGAUUCCUCAUGUUUUCCUUCGUUUUGGGGUGGCAACCACAUGGAGGGGAGGGAACAAAGGCAUUCGAGUGACUGGACUGGGGGUGUUAGACCCCCAAACCUUGUUUUCUUUGACCCCCAAACUGUUUUCUUUGACCCAAACCUGGGUUUUUUCACCCCGAACCAUUUCCUGGUCCCUUUUGGUGGCGUCAGCAUCGGGGACUUAUUUAAUUUGUAAAUAAUGUAUAAAUUUUUAAUAGCUGGAUUGUAAAUAACGGCAGAAUAAAGGUUGCAGGAAA